CACCCACCCCGCGCCCGCCGCCCUCCGCGCCGCCGCCGCGGCCGAGCCCGCUGCAACUCCCCGGCGCGCGCGGCGCCUCCACCCCCCCCACGCCCAGCUCGCAGCCCCGCUGCAAUCUUUUAUUUAUUUAUUUAUUUAUUUAUUUAUUUUUUCCUCUCUCUCUUUUCUCCCCUCCUUCCCUUUCAACCCUCUGACGGUCUGGGCGACGGCGGCGGGAGCGGCCGGGGGAUGGGAUCCUCGUGGGGAAGGGCUUGAAGAUCCACGAAGAUUAUUGUUCUUUUUUUUUUUUUUAAAGGAUGCCUCAGCUCCCUCCCGCCGCCUCGCCUCGGCGCCUUCGUACUAGAGCCCGUGCGGCAGAGUCAGGGAUGUAAAGACAGGGGGAGCAGCCGCCCGGAGCUCCAGCCCGCCGGGGAGACCCUCCUCCCGCUGGAGGGGAGGGGGAUUUCCAGCGACACAUCAUUGGCGAAGGGGAUCGGCGCGGGGAGCGCAGCCCCGGAGGGAGCGGGGGAAUCCCACAGCCCGUGGUGGUGCCCGCGCCCGGGGUCGGUGGGAGCUCGUUGUGCCCAUGGAGCUGCCCACUGCCCAGGGAUAUUGUUGCAGCUGACCUUCCCACGGCUGGUGCUUCGUCCAGUUCAAACAUGGCAGAAAAGGCUCCUCCUGGCUUAAAUCGGAAGACUUCAAGGUCGACGCUUUCUCUCCCACCGGAACCCGUAGACAUUAUCAGGAGCAAGACGUGCUCGCGCCGAGUCAAAAUCAACGUGGGGGGCCUCAACCACGAAGUGCUGUGGCGGACCUUGGACCGGCUGCCCAGGACGCGCCUGGGGAAGCUGCGGGACUGCAACACGCACGAGAGCCUCCUGGAGGUGUGCGAUGACUACAACCUGAGCGAGAACGAGUAUUUCUUUGAUCGGCACCCGGGCGCCUUCACUUCCAUCCUCAACUUCUACCGCACGGGGAAACUGCACAUGAUGGAGGAGAUGUGCGCCCUCUCCUUCGGCCAGGAGCUUGACUACUGGGGCAUUGAUGAAAUCUAUCUGGAGUCGUGCUGCCAGGCCAGGUAUCAUCAGAAGAAGGAGCAAAUGAACGAAGAACUGCGGCGAGAGGCGGAAACGAUGCGCGAGCGCGAGGGCGAAGAGUUCGAUAAUACCUGCUGCCCCGACAAGAGGAAGAAGCUCUGGGACUUGCUGGAGAAACCCAACUCUUCGGUGGCUGCCAAGAUCCUAGCCAUCGUGUCUAUCCUGUUCAUCGUACUUUCCACCAUUGCGCUCUCUCUCAACACUCUCCCGGAGCUGCAGGAAAUAGAUGAAUUUGGACAACCCAAUGACAACCCCCAGUUAGCACACGUGGAGGCUGUGUGUAUUGCGUGGUUUACCAUGGAGUACCUCUUACGCUUCCUCUCCUCACCAAACAAAUGGAAGUUCUUUAAAGGCCCAUUAAAUGUCAUUGAUCUUCUGGCCAUCCUGCCAUACUACGUCACCAUUUUUCUCACGGAGUCCAACAAGAGUGUCCUGCAGUUCCAAAACGUGAGGCGCGUGGUGCAAAUAUUCCGAAUCAUGCGUAUCCUCAGGAUCCUGAAACUCGCCAGACAUUCCACAGGCCUGCAGUCUUUGGGUUUCACCCUAAGACGGAGUUACAACGAACUCGGCUUGUUAAUAUUAUUUUUGGCCAUGGGGAUAAUGAUAUUUUCCAGCCUGGUGUUUUUCGCUGAGAAGGAUGAAGAUGCUACCAAGUUCACUAGUAUCCCGGCAUCCUUCUGGUGGGCAACCAUCACCAUGACCACUGUAGGUUACGGUGACAUUUACCCCAAAACAUUAUUGGGCAAAAUUGUGGGCGGCCUCUGCUGCAUCGCUGGGGUGCUGGUGAUUGCCCUCCCCAUCCCCAUCAUCGUGAACAAUUUUUCAGAAUUUUACAAAGAGCAGAAGCGCCAGGAGAAGGCAAUCAAGAGGCGAGAGGCCCUCGAGCGGGCCAAGAGGAAUGGAAGCAUCGUGUCCAUGAACUUGAAGGACGCCUUCGCGCGGAGCAUGGAACUGAUCGAUGUGGCCGUGGAGAAGACGGGAGAGUCGGCCAACACCAAGGACUCGGCCGACGACAACCACCUCUCCCCCAGCAGGUGGAAGUGGGCCCGGAAGGCGCUUUCGGAAACGAGCUCCAACAAGUCUUACGAGAACAAGUACCAGGAGGUGAGCCAGAAAGACGCCCACGAACCGCUGAACAACACGUCCUCGUCCAGCCCGCAGCACCUGAGCGCCCAGAAGCUGGAGAUGCUGUACAACGAGAUCACCAAGACGCAGCCCCACGCGCACGCCGGCGCGGACUGCCAGGAGCAGCCCGAGAGGCCCUCGGCCUACGAGGAGGAGAUCGAGAUGGAGGAGGUGGUCUGCGCGCACGACCAGCUGGCCGUGGCGCACACCGACAUCAUCGUGGACAUGAAGAGCACGUCCAGCAUCGACAGCUUCACCAGCUGCGCCACCGACUUCACCGAGACGGAGCGCUCGCCGCUGCCGCCGCCCUCGGCCUCCCACCUGCAGAUGAGGUUCCCACCCGACCUCACGGGCGCGGACGAGCACCCGAGAGCCAGGGGGCUCCCGUUCCUCGCUCGAACCCGAGAGAAAGGGCCCGCGGCCGGAGACGCGCCCAUCGACGUAACUGUGAACCUGGAGGCCGGGGGCUCCCCGAGUGGCCCGCAGGGCCCCGCGCACGCGGACAGCGCCUCGGACAGCCCCAAGAGCUCGCUGAAAGGCAGCAACCCCCUCAAGUCCCGGUCACUCAAGGUGAAUUUUAAGGAGAACAGAGGAGGCAGUGCCCCCCAGACCCCACCCAGCACAGCCCGGCCCCUGCCCGUCACCACGGCUGACUUUUCUCUCGCCGCCCCGCAGCUCAUCAGCACCAUCCUCUUAGAAGAAAACCCAGCCCAGGGAGAGAGGCCGCUGCUGGCCCCCGAGGGAUCCGCACAGUGCCAGGGACCUUCCAGAGGCCUGGGCGCUCGGUUUCCCAAGCAGAAACUCUUCCCUUUCUCGUCCCGAGAGAGGAGAAGCUUCACUGAAAUAGACACGGGAGAAGAGGACGACUUCCUGGAGCUCCACGCGGCCAGCGAGGACAAGCAGGCGGACUCCAGCCCAAACUGCUUUGCAGAGCAGCCUAGCGACGCCAGAGACCCUUUGAGAGAAGAGGCGUGUGCAGGCUCUUCCCCACCCCAGGACUCCAGUCACAACUGUAGGCAAGACAUUUACCAUGCCGUAGCUGAAGGGGAAAAGGACAGUGGUCAAGAAGGGUGCAAGAUGGAAAACCACUUGUUUGCCCCAGAAAUUCAUUCCAAUCCGGGCGACACAGCAUACUGUCCCACACGUGAAACCAGCAUGUGACUAGUUCCGAAAGCAAUAAACACACACACACACACACACACACACACACACACACACACACACACACACACACACGUUUCUUUAAAAAUGCAGUUCAAAAUACCUGUGAACUAAAAAAAAAAAUGAAAAGUGGGAAGCCCUUCCCCCCAAAAGUGCAUAAAAUGUUAUUUUUGCAUGGCAUGAACAGUUUAGUCUAAGUGCUGUUUAAAUAAAGAAUCAAGACUGCAUUUUGUAACACAAAUGACCUAAGAACAGGGAAUAAUAAAGAGAGUUUGGCUAGGAACCAGUAUUCUGCAAUGUCUGACAUUUUUGAUCCUUUCAUUUCAAGUUGUAGACAUAGUUUCAACUUUUAAUUUUUAUGUUCCAAUGAGUUUUAUAAUUUGCACAUGAAAGGAUGAAAUGUCAUUGCGUGCAUUCAUAAUUCUGAGGAGCAAGGUGCUUUGAGCUUGAGAAAUGCAUAAACUUGUAAAUAAGGGCCUGGGAUGCAAAAGUGUCAAGUCCAUGGAAACAGUUUUCUGAGACACAGUCACUCCUUCACAGCUACUGCCGGGAGGAGCUGUAUAGACUUCUUGUUGCAAAAUUGCAACUUCUCCUUAAACCAUCUCACAUAUCUUACUUUGGGUGAUAAAGUUGUUAUAAGUACAUUUGUUUAAAGGAAUACAGUGUUUUAUUGUGAUAUCACUCAUAGUGUACAUUUUUCUUUUUUGCUUCUGCUUACUUAUGGAAUUAUAGUUUGAUGUGUGUCAUGAAAAUACACAAGAUUUAAUGACCAGAUAUCAAAACCCUUAGACUUUAAUCUUGAAUUUGUGCUAAUUUUUCCAUGGUCUAUGAUAGAAAUGCAUUAUUUUAACCUGAAAAUAUUUCAAAGGUAGAAACAACUAAACCUUUUUUUUAAUGGCACCCUACAAAAUUAUUUGCACAAACCAGAGUGAUUGGAAAUACUCAUCAGGAACUAGAGGAAAGGGUUAUACAGAGAACGUAAAGCUCAAAGGAAGAAAAUUGACUAAAACUACUUGACUGUAAUUGACUAUCUUUAGGUAUUGAUUUUAUAACCUUGUGGCAUGUACAGGUUCAGAUGUUAGUAUGUUUAUGUAGGCUGUUAAGAUAGUAGAACCAUGUUUGUCUAAUGGCCUCCUGGAUUCCUUAAGUUUAAUUCCCUUAACCCUUGGAAACCAUUGGUUUUCUUACUGUCACCAUAAAUUGGUCUUUUCCAAAUUUUCAUAUAAUUAAAAUCUUAAUACCUCUUCAAAAAAUCAAAUGAAACUUGUAAAGUACAUUCAUAUUAUGUAUAUAUAUAUUCAUACAUAUGUAUAUAUUGGCUGUCUAAAGACUAUCUUUUUCACUUGUCUCCAAUAUAACCCUUUCUAUCUAAUGAUCUAUCUCAAGAUAGAGCGCAAAUAUGCCACAAAUGAGAAAUCCAAAAAGGGACAAAAUAAAAACAGAAUUAUAUAUAAAGAUUAAUUAAUUAAUUAAAAGAAUUAUAUAAUGGAACUGCUGCUUUUGUCAGGGAGAGAGUUGGUCUGGAGACCUAGCACAGCCCCCCAGGAUUACCUAAUGUGGGAAAAGGAGUAUUAUGUUUUGGGGGGCCCUGGGUGCCUGUUGCACCCUCCAAUUGUCGCAGAACUGGAAACUCUCACAUUUCCAGCUCCCUAAGUACUGGUCAGAGGCACCCUUGUUUAAAAAUACUUCUAAAUGUGCAGAGGAGGGAAGUACUCACCCUAUAAUGGGUUUUGUGCUUGUAUUCAGGUCAUUUAAACCCACUCAGUGUAUCAAGAAAUAAGGGUUAUAGUUCCAGACAUCUAACUAGCACAUAUAUGAUUUUUGAUGAGCCUCUAAUCCCCUCUCUACCUGUCAUAUACCCCCACAAAACAACCAAGUUAUUUUCCAGCUCCCUUAAGACUACAAAUUUACAAAUUAAAUGAGUGACUGCAAAUUAAAGUGUGUGUGUGUGUGUGUGUGUGUGUGUGUGUGUAGUUCAGGGAACUUGUCAAGAAAAUUCUGGAUCAAAAUUAAUACUUACCUUUUGCUUAAAGAAAAAACACCCUAAUUUUAAUUUUAUUCCUUAAAGGAAAAAAAAACACUGUAAGAAGUAAACUCAAAUAUUUAGAACCAAACUUCAGGUUUUAAGGAAUAUCAUUUCUUCACUAACAGAAUCUGGUCAUUAUAUCUCAGAUAAACAAAGUUUUUAAUCUUAGUUAAAAUCUAAACAACACUACUGCUAAAAAUAAUUCUUCUAUUAAAUUCUUGAAUGGUUUUCAUGUUUUCUCAAAACAUAACCUGUAAGAGUUUAUGGUUAUUAAUCAUCGAUAUUUAUAUUAGUCAUGUGUUAGUGUCUAAAACUGAAUGUUGAUCAGUUUUUGUAAAUCUAGAGUGUUUGAAUUUUCUACAUAUAGUUUUUCAAGUCAAAAAGGUAUAUUGCUGUUAUAUGAAUAGAAAAUAACUUAUGAAAGUCAUUUUCUUUACAUAGUUUCAGAAGCAAUUAUUUUUAAUGUCUAUAUUGAUGAACCUCAGUGUUUUUAUUUAUCUGUCUGCACAAGUGGAUUUGUCUUACUGCCCUGACCAGCCGUUAAUGGCCAUCUUCUAUGUGUCUGAUAAACCAUCUACUGAGACCACUUCUCCUUUCGGAGCUUAAUGUUAGAAAUACUGCCUAGACAAGGAAGCCUAAACCUCUUCCACCAGAAAUGCUUUCCCUUAAAUCAUUUUUCCCCUGUCAUAUUUCUUAAAUUUUAAGUAAUCUCCAAGAACAUCCCAUGGAAAGCUUAACCUUCCGUUCUUCUCUAACCCUCCGGGUCAAAAGUCUUCCCCUAGGGAAAAAAAUGUAAUGCUUUUAUUAAGGAGUCUGGUGGGAACUGAGGAUUCCCCAAUGCACUUGUGCAGUGCAAUGCUUUGAAGACCUCUUCAAUGAGCACAUGUAUGCCUAGAACGGACUGUGAUAUACCAAGCACAGGGCUCUUUUGAAAACUUAUGUUUCACAUCAAAAAUUUGUGUAAUGCUGCAUUUUACUCCAAAACACAUGCUUCAGUAUAAAGGAAGGAUAUUUUGUACUACCCACUAGUAAAAUUGAGACUCUUCUGACUUCACAUACCUCUUUUGUACCCCCAGGAAAAUACAUCCCAGUUUGAAAAGCAUCAUAUCAAUGGCAGGAACAGAGUUUGGUUCCCGAGGUGCACUGUGGAUUUCAGCUGCUGGGAAAGCCCACUCCUUAUUCCCUAGCUCAGUAACCAGGGCCAAAUAUCAAUGAGUGAAAUAUUUGAAUGAACUUAAAAGAGCUCAGUCCAGAAAUGGUUCAGUUCUUCUGUCUCCCUGUACAACCAAUAAAAAUUACAUCAGGUUUGUUUUAGCUCAGAGAUUGAGUUCAGUCAUAAAAGGGAGAAAUGAGUGCAUGAAUAUAUGUCUUGGGUUCUACCCCAAAUAUAAAAAGUGAGAUAGUAAAUGAAUACCUGGGGUUGGCCUGCUUAUAGAUAUAUUCACUAGAAAUGUCUGCUCUGGCACAACCAAUGGCUUUGAAGCAAAUAUUUAAAUAAGUAUUAUUCUGAUAGCAGUAGAUUUGGUAAUAAUGAUAAAAUGUGUGCCAAAUGUCUGUAGAAAUUUAUUUCCUGUCAAAACACUAACUCAUGUAGACACAGGUUGAAGAAAGUAAAGAAUUCAACUAUUUUCUCCUGGAAUGUCAAUAGCAAAACAACCCCACAAAACCCUCCAUAUGUAAACUACUUGUUUUGUAUUGCACUUAAUUCUCCCAAAUUAAGUAUUGUUUAUCAAUAAAGGGCCAGAGAGGUUAAGUUAGCUUGACUUCACACAGGACGCUGACUGGUGAAUAACAGGACUUUAAUGGAGAUGUUACUGGUGCCUGCUCGAGCAAAUUGAUGAAAAACGGGAAGACCAUGCAGUGCUAUUUCUGGUUUCGAGAUAAGAAUUCCAAGACACCGCAGUGUUUUUAGAGGACGUUUUUUCCAUAUUAAAAACUGAAGUUUUGCAAAGAAAAGGGAAGAUACACUUUUGUUAAGCCAGUUGUUUCAAACCACAAUGCUAAUUUCAAAGACAAAUGCUAAUAACUUAAGAGAAGGGUCAUGGACCAUCAUUAGCACAGAAGUUUUAACCAAUUUAGAAUUCUGGUGAUCUACCCCAGGGCUCACUCAGGAUGUAACAUGACAGACACGUUAGGGCUAAAGGAAGCCAUUUGAUUUUCUGAAACAAAAACAAGCAUAACUUUUUUAACUACUUCUAAUUUUAGUUCAAAGUACUAUCUAGUUGACCAUGUCUUGCCACAGUGCUUUCAUUGAACAUGACAAGUUGAGCAUCCUUAUAUUCUAGAACGCACUGUGCUUUGUGCGAAGAUACAAUUCCUAUGGGGCUGGAGCAAUAGCACAGCGGGUAGGGCAUUGGCCUUGCACUCGGCCAACCCAGCUUCUAUUCCCAGAUCCCAUAUGGUCCCUUGAGCACUGCCAGGAGUUAUUCCUGAGUGCAUGAGCCAGGAGUAACCCCUGUUCAUUGCCGGGUGUGACCCCAAAAGAAAAACAAAAACAAACAACAACCACAGAAACAAACAAACAAAACACAAAGAUACAAUUCCCUGCUUCAUGACCUUCCAAUUAAAAUCAGACUAAAGAACUAAAGAACUUUCUGAUUAUGAAAAAAAUGUUUCUUCUGAGUAUAGAAAUAUUCAAUUAUCAAAUCAGGGAAACAUAUGACAAGAAUAAGUGAAAUACUUUUCCAACAAAGUCUUAAGAUUUAGAAGUAUGUUGCAAAUGGAAGUCUGGUCUGUAAUUAUUUUUUAAUCAUCUUUUAGGUUUUUGUUUGAGCUAGCAAAUUGUUCAUCUCAGUAAAUUAUGGGAUUUCUUUAUUAUGUGAUAAGUUGAAAAAUAAUUUUUUAAAUUAGACAUAUUGCUUGUCAAAAUAACUCAUAAUAGUCUAUCUAAUGAAUAGACUUAAUUUAAUAUCAGUGAGAACAUCUGUUAAAAAUUUUUAAUGAAGCAAGAUAGUUUUUAUUGAACAAAAUUUUCUUAGAAAAAUGUGAGAGGAGAAAAAGAGAGAAGCACAAGUUCAAGAGAAAACAUGGGCUUCUCUAAAAUGGGGGGGAAAUAAGCAUAGAUUCAAACAAUUUAGAUACAAGCAAGGGAGAAGAUGGGCCUGAAGAGCAAGCUGAAAAAAUCGUAUUUUUUAGGCCAGAGGAAUAAUAUUUGUGUUGGAAUCUUGCCUUGCAUUUACUGACCCUAGUUCAAUCCCUAGCACCACAUAUGGUCCCCAAGCAUAGGCAGAAGUAAUCCGUAAACACAGAGCCAGGAUUAAGUCCAGAACACCAUACACUGUAGCCCCCAAACAUGUGUAUUUUAAAAAUAUAUUGAUACUGAUGUGGUAAAAGACAUGAUUUUUUUUUCUCACUUCCUAUUGACCAUAGACAUUUUAGCAAUGAAUCACUGUUCUGAUUGGCCAUCUGAAUUUCAAAAAUAGAAGAUACUCAAAAUUCAAUAUUCAUAAAUUAUUUUGCUUGACUACAGGACCUUUGUCAUUUUGAAAGUACGGUGCUUAUUCUUCCAUCACCACUGACUUCACACAAACUAAACUGAAAGGAAGAAGAUACUAAUUAAACAAAAGAAGUAUAUAAAAUCUAAUUUUUUAAUGGAAGUGGAAACAUUCAGAGGCUCAUCUCUUGUAAGAAGAAGAGAACUGGAGCUACAGAGACAAUAUAAGGCGUUGGGCACUUGCCUUGCACUGAGCCAACCCGGGUUCAAUCCCCAGCACCCAAGAUGGUCAGUCCCUAGACCCCCAGCAAGAGUUAUCCCUGAGCACCACCAGGUAUAGGAAAGGAAAGGAGGAAGGAAGGAGGGGAGGAAAAUUGGAAGGAAGGAAGAAAGGGAGAAAAAAAGUCCCAAUUCCAAAAUCUUGGUGACCAUUCCAUUGUUGAAUUUAGUGCUUUUUCUAAUAAAAUGUUCUCUAUUAGUGGCUAGAAUAACUAUUUCUUCUGCUUGUCUUUGUAAAACAGCCUGACUUUAAUGCAUAAAUCCUUUAUUAUUGUUCAUAAUUGUAAAAUUAAACCUGAAAAGAGUUUUAAUGUCUAAAUACACAUAUAAAGAGAGGAAAUGACUUCUCUUUAAUAAUAAGACAACUUAAGGGCAGUAAAAUAUGCAAGUACAAAAGAGGAUGAAGACAGACUAAGAAAUAUGUAAGUUAAAUAUGUUUCUAAACAGAAGUUUAUUUUAGAUACGUGUACAUACUUGUAUAAAAUUUAGACUAUUAUUAACAUGAAAUUUAUAAUUAAAACAAUAACUCUAACUUUGCUUUCUCCUGGAAAAAAUUAUUUAUCAUGAACUGUACUAGUAGAAACAUAUGAAGUGUUGUGAACCAGUGUUACCUCAAUAAAAAUGUAUUUUAAUAAUUUA